AUGCCUAACAGGGUUAAAUCUGGUGGUGGGGGUCAGCUUCUUAAGGUGGUCAACGCUGACAACAGGUGUAUCAGAGAGGAUGGCUCAUUCAUUAAUCCAAAUGACGAGGCACAGCGUUUGCUGUUUGCCCGUGCCAUGGCUGUAUGGAUCAAUGCUACUCCCUCAGAUAGAGACGCUGCUCAGGAGAAGAUUGACGACAAUCGGUCGAGAAGUGUGUGGUUUCUCACUACCGAGACCAACAACCUUGUUUUGACAGAGACAAAGGACGGCGGCAUCCGUCCAUACGGCGUAGUUGUCAAACGUGGUAAGUUCUGGUCUCUGUUGAUGAACCGCGCUGUUACGAAUCAUCGAUUAGCGACUAGAAAUCCUAAGUGCAGCGAAUUUGCUGCUAUGUAUUGCUCCAUUCCUGAAGGCUUUGUCAGAAAAGACAAAAAGUUGGAACUCCUUCAUGGGGGUAAUCGGUUGCCUAAACCAGUCGAUUUCGAGUGGGGGUGUCAGGGCCUAGCAGGUUUGCUACAGAGGUUUUGUGACAUCGAUGGCUCCAAUCAGACAGCGGCAAAAGACUUGCCCUGCUGGACUGAGAUUAAAUCUCUGGUCACAAACUAUGGCAUACCAAAUCCCUUCUGGGCCAUUAGCACCCUAGUGAAAACGACGAUGGAUGUGGUACCUUCCUCCAAUAAUGAGGAGCACAUAAAUACCUUCAACAACACCCAAUACGAUUCUAAGCACUGGGCAGACCAUUUCAUUACGUACCUUAGAGGCUAUCAGACGUUCAUGGAGAAGAAUGGUGUCACUGUGAAAGCAUUCAAGCGGCUUCAGAAAGUAUUCCCUCAAAUCUUGAAGGACAAUGAGGCCAACGCUGGCAAGGACUUCUACAUCGAGCCCGAUAAACUCAAGGGUGCUGUGCAUCAACUUGAGGAAUCAGUAAUGUCCACCGCGUUUCCAAAGAAACAAAAGCGCGUUACAAUUGUUAGUCCUAAGACUGACAAACCACCUUUUCGGAAGGGCCUGGACAAUCGUUCAGGAUCUGGAAGUUUUAAGUCUAAGAAGCUUCCCAUUGAAAUCAUCUGCGGAUGUGAGUCAAACGACUCACUUCGUCGACAAUUCGAUAAAGAUAACCCCUCUGUUAAGGCAAAUGGAUUAAGUUGCAUCGAACUUGAUGAUUACGGUCUUAUGACUUAUAAGGAUGUCAACUUUGAGUUGGAGUCUUGUUAUCUCUCCCGGUCAUCCUACUUGGGAUAUAUAAACGGCGAGAAUGUGAAAGGUAACAAGGUAUACUCCAUACAACGAGCAUCUCCCACUUUCACUAGUUGGGCGAACAUCCUUAUCCUAGAUGACAGACACAAGAACAGGAUGUUUAAGGGGAUACGGAACUUGACCUUCAAUGAAAUUCUUCGGAUAAAUCACCUCGCUGAAGAGCAGGACGACUUCCUAAGGUCUAUUCCUGAAGAUCAAGCCUACACCUACAUAGCUAAUGCAGUGCCCUCUGGAAUGCUUCAUACCGUCUAUAAAGCGGUCAUUGAUGAUUUGAAUGGGGAAUUAGAUAGCGGGGGAGUAUACUUUACCCUCUCCAAUCUAGUCGCAUUCGAGACACCAAAGAAGAACACAGCAACGCACUUGAUUGGCAAAGUUAUGAACCUCAUGUUUGAGCCAAGUGAGGAUACUGGGCAUGUUCUGGACAAUUCCUAUCCUGAAUUUCCAAAGGUUGAUACUGACGUGUCUAAGAAACGACAUGUCCGCACUGCGAAACACGAUACUACUACCCGCGAUACUACUGAGGCUGCUAGUAAAAAGCGCAUGCGUGACUUUCACCGCAUCUAUCACUGCAACAAUGACGUCGCGGCUAAGACAAUGCAAUGUACUACCAACCAUCGUCUUCUUCCUGGUGACAUUAAGCACAAGCAGAACUGCAUGGAGUGUUCCAUCUGCAAGAACGAUAAGAACCCCCGCAGUCACUUCAACAAGAACAUACCUACGAAAGAAGUUAAACUUUCAGUUGGUGAAGGCUACUCUUUUGAUGGGGCAGAUUUAACUCAUAUCUCCCAUCAAGGCUUUCGUUAUGUGCUUAAUUUCAUCGACGUUGUUAGCAAGACAAGGGUCGCUUACUAUGUGAGGUCUAAUGCCACACAUGAAUUCCGUGAAGCACUUGAGUAUGUGAAGACGUAUUCUAAGCAAUUCACUGGGAAUGAGCUGAAAUUCCUAUACUCAGACAUGUUUUCGACUUACAUGGAGUUUCGAAGUGACAAUGGCAUUGCUGCAUUUCGAGAUGAGACUGGGAUCACCCUAGAGGUGUGCCCUCCUUACAUGCACUGGAAGAAUGGUGAAGUUGAAUCUUCCAUCCAUGAAUGUAAGAAAGGGACUAGAGUCCGUCUCCGUAAUUUCGCUCAGCAGCUAGCUCGCUUGGAAAACAAUCGAUACAUCAGAGAGACGAAUGACUAUUGGCCGUGGGCUUGGGAGCACACGUGUCAAAGUUUUAACUCACUCGCGUCUGUGGCACUAGAAAAGCGUUAUGGUGUAACUGUAACACCCUGGCAAUACUUUACUAAUGACACUAGCCAUCACAAGUUGGCACUCCAGCCUUUUGGUGAAUUCUGCUACAGUCUUGUACAGAAAGAGAACCGCGAUGGGUCACUUGGUGAAAUAUGUCUGUUCAACGAUGGCAAAGUAAGAACUACAGGCUCUGCGAUCUUCCCAUACGAGAUAUCCGAUGAACUUCAUGAUGGAACCAGGAGGAUAAUUCUAAAUCCUGCUUUACCACAGCCACCUGAGAAGGAAGCGGCGGCUAUCUCUGAUGGGCAUGGUUGGACUCAGAGAACGAUUCAUCGCACCUCAGACGAUUUCCAGCGAACCCUGUCCGAUAUCGACAUGGACGUAAACAAGGACCCGGAUCCCGUGCAGAUAGAUCGGCAGAGGAGCAACGUGGCUAAAGCACAUGACGUGCCUAGGAAAUCAUAUGUUCCGGACCCGAGUGACUAUCCGGACACGGAAGACAAUCCAGACAAACCGGUUUUCUCUCCAGAAGAGGAAAACUCCGGGGGAGGGGCUGACAUGGAACAUGGUCAGCAAGAGGAAAAGUUAGAAGCCCACCCUCCCAUCCAAGAAGCGAAGCAAAACCCCAAUGAUGCCGGGGCUGCCCCAGAGCACCUGGAGGUCGCAGAGGGUCGUACGAAUAGGGGUUCUAUUAGCUAUCAUCAUUUGAUCGAUAGUAUCACUAUUUAUAUUAUCCGGAAUGGCAUGCUGGAACCAAUACCCGCGGAUAUGCAUGAUGGAAUCAAUAUCUCCAUACGCAUGCUGGAACCAAUAUGCCUAUAA